AUGAAUCAUCAUUACAACCAACAAGAUCCUCCCAUGUCAUAUCCUUCAUCGGUGAUGGCAUAUCCGCCUCUGCCGCCUGUGAGUGCUCCUCCACCAAUGGGGUAUCCUUCAAAGGAUGAUGUUUCUUGGGACACAAAACAGAGUGUUCGACAGAAGACCACAAGUAGGGGUGAUGGCUUCUGGGAGGGAUGUUGUGCUGCUCUCUGCUGCUGCUGUGUUUUGGAUUGCUGCUUUUGA